AUGAAUUUUGGAGAUAACCUGACCAAGUUAUAUGAACGGGCUAGGACAAAUGAUGCGGUUGUUUUGUUCAAUGCCUUUACAAAUAAAUACAUCCUUAGAACACUUAAUAAAACAGAGUUUACGUCACAUUUAGUACAAUCAGCACCUUCUAGAAUAGUUACAGUUACAUUAAUAUACAUGGGUAUUUUAUUAGCUGCAUAUGAAAUUGUGCUACAUACUGGUGUGUUUUUGGGGAUUUGGAAGAAUCCGGCUGAUGAAGUGUUCAAGGAGAUUCCAGUUCACUGUGCACACGUCUAUGUCAACAUAAACCUGAUAAAAAAGGAGGAUGCAAGAAGGAAACAUGAUCAAUCAGUAAAGCCAAAGUAUCUUCUCAAGUACCCUAUUGUGUACCACUUCGAAUUCAGUCCUGAAGAAUACGCACAUGAAGAAUUUGGAACAGAUUUGAAGUUCUUGAAAGGCAAAGUUCAACAAUGGUUUCUGACCUCAGAGGUAUACCAUCACAACAAGGAGGAAAUCAGUGAAGAAAUUACGAUGGAUGACUUCAAAUUCUAUAAUAAACACCGGGAGCUAUUGGUGGGAGACGACAAAUACCUUUGUGAUUUGGAUAUCGGAACAGGAGAAACAGUUUACUGUGUCAUUCAUUAUUAA